AGAGAGCAUAAAAGAUAAUGAUCUCCAUGAUCCUUGUAACUGAAACCAUCUCUGCUGCUGGCCUUGAGUGAGACGGUGGUGCUUCCUAGGCUCUGAGAACAAAAUCAUGGAGUCUUCCAAGAUCUUCAUGAGGCAACUGCCAAUUGCACCAGGCUACAGUGGCUUCGUGCCGUUCCUCAGCUGCCAGGAAACCUCCAGUGAGGACAGUGUGGAGCACUGUCUGAAAACCUUCCGGGAGAAGACGCAGCGAUACAAAGACCAGCUGGAGGAAUUCCGCUGCGCCGUGGCCACUGCUCCGAAGCUGAAACCCGUGUGCUCCGAGGAGACGGUCCUGAGGGUGCUGCAUGAGUACGCCCGGCAAUACCACCCCCUGACUCUGGAAUGUAAGAACAUGAAGAAACCCCCCCAGGAGCCCCCAAUCCCUGGCUGGGCGGGCUUCCUGCCCAGAGCCAGGGUCACUGAGCUGGGCUGUGCCACGAGGUACACUGUCAUGGCCAGAAACUGCUACAAAGACUUCCUGAACAUCAAGGAGCUGGCCGAGCGGGCACAUCAGAAAUAUGCGGAACUGUAUGGAGGUAACUCCACACAACCUUCUGCUCUUGCCCCCAAAGUCUUACAGCAUGAAGAGCCAGUGGCCAAAUACUCAGACUUCUCCAGCUCAGGGGGAAUCUGCCCUGCACUUGGAAGACCCCAGAGAACUCCAGAGGACUCCAGAGCUCCGGUGACAUGUGGCUGUGCUCAUAUACCAAAUAUGUGCAGCAACAGGGAGACCUAUCUAGAGCCACUGUCCUCAGUGAAGCAUGCAGACGCCUAGGAGCCUGUGGGCUCUCAGGGAGAGGUGGGGUGGGGGUGCCAAAAGCCUGCUGUCCUCACCCCAGACCCAGCCUCUCACCACACUCCAGUGGGCAGUGAGAAGCUCAACAGCCGGAACUCUUUCCUGCUGUCUGCCUUGGCGAUGACACGACAUUAUGACACAGGUCUUCUGUUGUCCUGUGGGAAUAAAGAGGAUCCUUCUCAGAG